AUGCCGCAAGAUGAAAAAAAUUCACAUGGCCAUCUUGAUAGAAAAACAAGUGGUAGCAGUAACACUAGAAAAAUUACCAGGUUUCUUGGUAUUACUGAUAAUAGUAUUGAUGAAGCUAAUAUGUUGGACAAAUCUUCAAAAGCAAUUAAAAUACUUGGAUUAAAUGAUAGUGAAUUAAAUAAAAAAUCUAUAUCAUUGGAUAAAGUAGUGUCUGAAUUUAGAGGUAAUAGUCGUAGCAAUUCUUUAAAUAGUGUCAGUAAUGGCGUUGGCGGAUCGGUUAUAGUGGCGAGUAUUCGUAAACAUGUUGUUCAUAAAGGAUAUUUGUCAAAACACACAAAUACAAAUUUUGUAUUAUCUAAAUCAUGGAAAAAACGAUAUUUCGUUCUAGCAAAAAGUAUUCUUUAUUGUUUCAAAUCAAACGAUGCAACAUCUAACCUAAUAGAUAGUUUUGAAUUGACAUGCGAUACUGUUGUAUGUGUUAGUGAUGUGUUCAGUGGUAAAGCGUGGAUUUUAGAGGUUAGCAAACCAAAUAUAAAGGCUUGGUAUUUACAAGCGGAUAAUGUAAAAGCGUUGAAAUCUUGGUUGACGGAAUUAAAAUCUAUUGUAGUAAAACUUAAAUAUAAUGAUACGGAAUUACCCAGUAACAUUAAUUCAGCCACGUCUAUAAAUCUUAUCAAAAUCAACAGCAAUGACAGUCAUGAAAAAGGUGACGACAGUGACAAAGUCAUACCAACAACACCAUUACCGCCGCCACCAAGACACGGUAUGAUUAUAACUCCUUUGUCACCAGCUCCUAGACCAAGGUCUCAAUCAUCGUCAUCAUCUUCACCUACCACAGAUUUAUCGUCAUCACCUAGGCCAUUAUCUCCUUAUAUGAUGAUGUCAAAUACAAUGACAAUUGACGAGGAAAUGCCAAAUAAUGAAAAUGAAAACAAACGAUUACAAUCGGACGAGCCAAUUAAACAACAAAGACGAAGACGAAGAUCAAAUUCUGCUGAAUCUCUAGAAAUCAAUAUUUUACCAAGUUCAAUUGGUAGUCAUCAUUCAGAUUCAGAUAAAAGAAAUAGCACCAGGCAAAGUAAUCCUAUUGUAAUGCCAUCACCUACUCUAUCUGAAAGAUCAAUUAGUCAAGAUGAUAAAUCUAGCAAUACACAAAUUGAUAAUAAGACAUCAAGAAGAUUAUUGAGAUUAUCGUCGUUACCGAAUAGCUAUGAGACAACAACGAUUCAUGAUGAAAUCGUUUCUCUUUUAUCAACAUCAGCAUCUACAUCAUCACUCAAUUCACUGAAAAGAAUAUCAAUUACCGAAGAGGAUGUAAAACUGAAUAACAUAUCAUCACCACCUUCUCAGCCAUCCCUAACACCAUCAACACCAUUAACGCCAUCAACAUCAUAUAGUAAUUCAACGAGCUUACCACAUCGUCUUCAUUAUAAUCAUCGAUCAAGUUUUGUAGAUUUUCCCAACAAACCAAUUCCCCAAUUACUGCCAGCACGUUCAAAAUCACAACCUCAUUACACCAUAUCUAAAAAAUUUCUACGUCGACAUUUUUCAUUAACCACUGUGGACAUAAAAUCUUUACCGCCGCCUACACGUCCUCCAAAUAAUGAGUCAAUAGCGGAAAUUCAAUCACAGCCACCACCAUCAUCGAUAUCAAAAUCAACACCCAAAGAAACAAAUAAUGAUUCAUUAAUUGAUUCAAAAGAAAAAUUUGCAACUAAUUACACUGAUGAAGAUAAUAUUGAUCCAUAUUACGCAAAAGAGUUGUCAGCUUCAUUGAAUAAUAAUAAAAUAGAGAAAAUAGUAGAAAAUGAAGAAAAUGAAGUUGAAAAGGUUUCUAGUUCAGAAACUCCUUAUGAUGAUAAUCAAAAAGAUGAUAUUAUAGAGGAAGAUAUUACUAAAUUGCCAGCGUCUGAAUUAACCUUUGUGGUUGUUGAGGAAACAAAUGGUGAUGGUGAAAUAAUAUUAAAUCUUCAGGAUGUAAAUGAGAUAAAUAGUAACAAUAAUGAUGACAAUGAGGAUAGUAGCGGAUCAGUCAAAAGAGUUAUUAAAGAUGAUUUUGAUGUCAUUUCAGGAAAAGCUAAUCACAAUAAUAAUCUUCUCGUUACAUGA